UUGAAUGGCUAGGUUUUCUCGUUGAGGUUGGUGGUGGAAAAGGAUUUAUGGUUGCGACUUCAUAGAGUCUCAUCCGAUGCCGUCAUGAGCGAGGAAAACAAGGCAGAAAAUACGAAUCAGCCGAUCUCGGCAAUGGAUUCUCCAACAAGAGAGGACGGUGUUCAGACUGGCGAGGGCAGAGUCAGCUUCAAAAGCAACAUUGACGAUAUCUUGUUCUCUGAUGAAAGUCCAUCGUCGCCGAGCUCCGCUGGAGGAGCUGGAGAUGUUGCAAUUGACGGCUUCAAAUCCACUUCUUCAUUGGUAAACCGAAUUUUGAAUGAAGACGAAUCUCAAUCCGAGUCAAUGUCGAUUACUGGAGAAUCCCCAGGAACUCCCUCUCGUAGGGUACGAUCCGUUCAGUUCGCUCUGGAUGCACCGAGCGUAGCGUCAAAUUUGGACGACGCUACGGAGGAGCAGCUUCUGAAGCGCAUUGCCAAGAUGCAAGACAUCAUCACUCAGACCCAAAUUGACUGGUCGGGGGAAAAGGCACUCCGGAAACGCAAAGAUAAGAAUCUAGUCAAGCUUGCGAAAGAAUUGCAGAAACGAGCAACGGAUCUGGAGGUAAAAGACAAACAGAUAGCCAAGAUGACGUCUAUGGUCAAUAACAUUUCCGACCAGUACAAGCUUGCGGAUACGAACCUAACCCGGUCGGAAGGAAAGUAUCGAGCUGCCAUGAUGGAGGUGGAAGCGCGCUUUGCCAAUGUUCAAAUGCAGCACCGAUCAACAUGUAAUGAUUUGGAGCAACGAUACCGAACUGCAUGCGC